AUGCAGCGCUGCUGCAGCGAGGCUUCGGGUGCUGCUGCAGUUGCUGCUGCAGAUGCUGCUGCAGAUGCUGCUGCAACUGUUGCUGGCAGCAGCAGCAGCCAAGCAGCAGUGGCACAUGCAGGCGAGCUAAUCUCAGCACCAGCUACAGCAACAGCUGCAGCAGCAGCUGCUGCAGGAGCAGCGGCUGCAGCAGCAGAAGGGGAAGCAGCAACGGGAGAAGCAACGGCAAGAAAAGCAGCAGCAGGGGAACCAGCAGCUGCAGCAAGUGACGCAGCAGCAGCAACAACGCCAGCAGCAACAGCAGCAGCAGCGGCAACUGCAGCACCUACAGCAGCAUCGGAAAUUGCAGCAGCAGCAGCAGCAGCGGCAGCAGCUACUGACACGCCUGCUGACACAGCAACUGCGCCAGCGCGUGCUGCUGCUGCUUCAACGAGGACACUAGUUGCUGCAGCAGCAGCAGCUGCCACAACAGCAACACCAGCAGCUGUUACAAAAGCAGCACCACCAGCAGCAGCAACAGCAGCUGCAGCAGCUGCAGCAGGAAGUACAGCCGCAGGCGCCUCAGCUGCGUCGUCAUGUUCGUUCUGUGGCGGCAGCUGCGGUGACUUGGGGGAGUGCGCUGCUGCUGCUGCUGCUGCUGCUGCUGCAGUCGACGCUGCUCUGCUGCGCUGCAGCAGCAUCUUGGCGCAGCUGCAGCUGCUGCCUUGCUGCUGCAGGCUGCCGCUGCAUGCAGCAACUGAUGCUGUUGAGUUGGCCAAUUUGCAUCGCCUGAUUGGUUCUGUUGCAGCAAAUAAGGCUCCCGUUCAUGCUGCUGAGAGCAGCAGCAGCAGCAGCAGCAGCGGGACGCCUGUUUCCAGAGGGAAGCGCCCGGCCAGCAGCAGCAGCAGCAGCAGGAGCACCACAGCUCAAAACGGCAGCAGCAGUUGCUGCAGCGCCGCUGCAGAUGACAGCAGCAGCAGCACCUUAGACACCUGCAGCAGCAGCAACAGCACCACCAGCAGCAAAGGCAGCACCAGCAGCACAGACAGCUCCCAGCAGCACCAAGACCCCGGCAGACAGCAGCCGCAGCAGCAGCAGCAGCAGGACCAGCAGCAGGAGCAGCAGCAAGACCAGCAGCAGCAGCAGCAGCAGCAGCAUGACGGGCUGCGCCAGGGCUACAUUCCCGCGCCGCUGCAGCGCCACCAGGCGCUGCAGCAGCUGCGGGUGGGUUUUCGUGCUGCAGUGACAGACGCAGCAAGUGAAGGCAUUUUGAUAUAUUUCUUCACCCCCUGCACCAGCAGCAGCAGCAGCAGCAGCAGCGGCAGCAGCAGCGCGUUUGUGAUGCGCUGCGGCUUGCUGCUGGAGUACAUUGCGGAUGGGGACGCCUGCUUGUCUUGGGCGUUUGUGGCUCGGGGCCUUUCAGCAGCAGCAGAGAAGCAGCUGCUGCUGCUGCUGCUGCUGUUCGCUGCUGCUGUCUUCCUGAGGGAUAUGCCUUACUGCACAAGUGCAGCGGCAAGAGAUGCUGCUGCUGCUGCUGCUCGCUCCCAGCUGCUGCCUGCGGGGAUCUACAGACACCUCAUUACGGAGCAGCAGCUGCUGCUGCCGCUGCUGCAGCAGCACUGCAACAUUUGCUUCGUAUCAGCCCCUGCAGCAGCAGCAGCAGCAGCAGGCGCGGCCGCACAGCCUGCCGACAAGAAGGCCAGGGAAGUAGCGCCGCACGCUGCAAGAGGCGCUGCAGCAGCAGAAACAGAAGCAGCAGCAACUGCUGCCGCUGCAGCAGCAGCGGUAGCAGCAGCAGCAGACACAGCAGCAGCAGACAAAGCAGCAGGAGCAGACAAAGCAGCAGCGGACACAGCAGCAGCAGACAAAGCAGGAGCGGACACAGCAGCAGCGGGAGCAGCAGCAGCAGACACGGCAGCAGCAGGCCCAGCAGCAGCAGGUCCAGCAGCAACAGGCCCAGCAGCAGCAAACUCAGCAGAAGCAGGCCCAGCAGCAGCAGCAGCAGCAGCAGCAGAUGGGUUUUGCUGCAUUCCGCGUCGCCCUGUGAAUUUGCGCUGCCGGCUGACAGCAGAUUCGAGCGAUUUGCUGCUGUGCCCGCGGCCGCUGCUGCUGCUGCUGCAGGAGGAGCCUUUUGGCCGUUUGCUGCUGCAUCGAGAGCCGGAGUGCCUUGAGACAGAAGCAGCAGCAGCAGCAGCAGCAGCAGACGCAGCGGCACGGAGGCGCGAGCGAAGCAGCAGCAGCAAGAAGAAGCGGCGCAGCGACGCGCGCAGCAGCGCGGACGCGAAGCUGCAGCAGCAGCAGCGGCAGCAGCAGCAGCAACUGCAGCGGCAGCAGCAGCGCGCUGCUGCACUUGCUGCUGCUGGCUUCACCCCCGACGGCCAAGUCAUCCACAGCAGCCUCAAAGAUGCUUCUUGCUGCUGCUGCAUGCAGCAGCAGCAGUGGCAGCGGCGCAUUGCCAUUGUUGAUGCUGCUGAGCUCGCGCUAAGGAUAAUUCCCGAGCUGCUCGACCUGCAGCAGCAGCAGCAGCAGCAGCAGCAGCAGAAGGGGUCGAUAGGCUGGGCCCCGUGCCCGGAGCUGCAGCAGCAGCUGCAGCAGCUGCAGCAGCAAGAGCUAAACCCCUGCAGCAGCAGCAGAGCAGCAAACCAGGGCUGCGGUCGCGUCUGCGGCGAAUUGCUGCGGGUCGAGGGGACACACAAACACGUCAAGCGCUGCAGGGCCAUGCUUGCUGCACUGCAGCAGCAGCAGCAGCAGCAGCAGUAG